AUGACGUCACCAUUGGAUACACUCACUUCAAACAAUGUCAAAGAUUUGCUUUCUGAUAAAUAUAUUCUAAUUCUUGGUGAUUCAGUCGUUAGAGGUUUAUAUAAAGAUCUAAUUAAAUUUUCAAAUGUAGAUGAUUUCCUUAGUGAAGAAGAACUUCGUGUUAAAGGUGAAAAACGUUUCUAUGGUGAUCGAUUAAUCAAUGGUGGUGUUCAAAAAGGUCUUACAAAUGGAAUUGAUUAUGAAGAAGUUCGUGAACAUAUAGCUGGUGGUCUACGCCGUAUUCGAUUUUAUUUUUUGACAAGAUGUUAUUCAUCCUAUAUGAAAAAUGUUAUAUUUAAUGAUAUUAAAAAUCAAGCAAUUAAACCAGAUAUAAUUAUAAUGAAUAGUUGUUUAUGGGAUAUAUCUCGAUAUGGAAUUCAUUCAAUGAGAUCAUAUCAACGAAAUAUUGAUCGUAUAAUGGGUUCAUUUCGACAAAUGUUACCCGAUGCACUUUUUCUAUGGCUUUCAGCAUUACCUGUUUCAAAUUCAUCGAAUGGUUAG